GGCAGUCUGUGCUUUUCUUGUCUGGGUCGAUUAUCAAGCGGGCAAGACUGAAGAGGUAAGCAGUAAGCUGUAGAUAGAUGCAUACAUAUACAGUACAUGCUAUGUAGGUAGAUAGAUUGAUAGAUUGAUGCAUGCAUGCAUGCAUGUCCUGGUCUGCCUUGGUACCCCAGAACGAGCGGCGCCAGCAACACCGCAUACCUUUGCACCGGCUGCCACCCCCGAUCACCGGAGAUCUCGGGUUACAUGCUGCCGUUGCGUCCUACUACGAAAGUACAUCACACUACCAAGUAAUGUUGGAGAACGAGGCUCUCUCUCUCUCUCUCUGUCUGUCUGUCUGUCUCUAAGCGAAAUCACAGACAAUUAUCGAACCAUUGUCUACGUACAUAUACAAUGUAAUGUACACACCGUACACAUCAAGUACGCAAACCCACCUAAACCCCAUAUAUACUUUGGAAUCCAAAUUCGUCGGCAAUUGUAUGGGCGAUAUCGGCCAAGCUUUCUCUCUGUCCUACCCAGUUCUGCCGAUGGGAAAAAAACAAAAAAAGUCGUUUUCGAAAAGAGCACAAUCCCCCCUUCGCUAUCAAUGUUACAUCAGCCAAUGAAACAUACAGCAUGACCCGGUCUGCUUUCUCAAAACUCUUUCAGAAAAAAACAAAGGUCCCAAGCGUACAUGAGGAUUGAACGUGGGGGUUUCCGAAAGCAAAUGUGGUACCUACCUCUAUCACCGAGCCUGACUACACUACGCUUUGAUAAGCCAGACGCUCUAGGCGCUCUAGCCGACAGGGACAGGCCGCAGUAGCCGGUACUCCUCCUCCGAUACUACGGCCGUGGCGGGUUCUUGGUCGGAGGGGAUGUAACCUCCGGUUUGUGAACCGAGUCGAAAGAGUGGGCGGCGAAGUGCCCAUUCCCAUCAUUCUACGACCGCCCACGCCCACGCCUUCCUUUCUUGCGU